CGUCAGGACUUAUUUUGCGUGGUCUUGGCAUUUCCGGUUUAGUAUGGAUACGAGUUCCUGAUUGAUAGUUCGUAUUGGCGUUCGUUGCGUGAAAACAGCCCUCCAGGAUUCCUGGCCAGAUUAAAUUUUUCGAGGUUGUUGAUUUUGUUUUUGUUUUUCGUAUGAAGUAUUAAGGUUUCCACAGAAAUGAAAGUUGUCUUUGUUAAGAGUCCGAAGUGAGCCCUAGUUUCCUUGUUUUGGUUGCUACCCAUACCGCACGUGUGAUUGACGUGCGAUGAUGUGUACACGUGUGCAGAGUGCACCGAAACGGAAAGUGACGCGAAUGGGCGUGAAUAUCGUGGAAUUUAUUGCGGUUCGUGCAAAUUGCUCUAACUGAUUUGUUGAUUGGGUGCGAUUGUUUGAUUGAUACAUAAUAUGUGUGCAUUGCGAAAUAAGCUGUUUGCAUAAGUGGAGUAGCAUCAUUAAGGCCAUGUGAAAUUUCGGAAAGGAUAAAAGAAGAACAUCGUCUCUCGAUUGAUGUAGAACAACUUUGUUGCUAUCGAAAAGCGGAACCAGAAGAAAACCAUGAGCAAGCCGGCGAAAAAGCGUCCCAAAAGCUCCAAACCUGUGGUGGACGAAAUCGAGGUGGCGUGUAAGAACCUUCGCGAUGAAGCACUCAAGUACAUGAAGGUUCGAAACUUCAACAAAGCUCUGGGCCUUUAUGACCAGGCACUUGAAAUGAACACCAAUGAUCAAAGUGCAUUGGUUGCCAGGAGUAAAUGCUAUUUACAGUUGGGUGAGCCAGCAAAAGCUUUACAGGACGCGGAAACGGCAUUACUGUUAGACAAGACUAACAUCCGAGCCAUUUAUCAGAAAGCUGAGGCGUUAUACUAUUUGGGACAGUUUGAACAUAGCCUUAUGUUUUUCCAUCGGGGUUUGAGGCUGAGACCAGAGCUAGCGAGUUUUCGCUUAGGGGUACAAAAGACACAGGAAGCCAUAGAAAACACCAUUGGCAGUAAUGCUAAAAACCAACCACCACAGAAAAAAGCUGUAAAAGUGGAUAAGCCUAAAUCGGCUAAAAAACCGCCGUUGACCAAAGAGGAUCUUGACAAGAAGGCAGCACGUCGAUUGUUAGGCGACCUAUACGUGGACAAAGAGUAUCUAGAGAACUUGCUGAAGCAUCCGGAUCUCAAAAAGGCAGACACGAACACCGAGGGCGUUUCGGAGUUCGCCAAAGAUGCCAUUAAUUUCCUGAACAAUAGGCAGGAGUUUUGGCGCCAGCAGAAACCGUGCACGAGUUUGAAUGCUAAAAAGCUCAACGGAAACAAUGGUGCUCUACCGCGGUGGUAGAUAGAACAAAGUUUGUAUUUCGAAUAGGUUUUGUAGACUCAAAAUAAUUCAGUUUCGUAGGCUAUAACAGUCUCAGCUAAUGAGAAAGCAAAAUUUGUAAUCUAAUAAAUAAUUAAGUAACGCUUAGAGGGGGAGCUGGGUUAGUAGAAAGUGUUAAUUCAAAAUUUUCAUAUGAAUUGGGAUCGUAAAUAUAGUUGUCUAACCGUUGAAGGCAUAAUUUGAUGUUCAUCUUCGUGUUAAUUGGGCUACAGCCCAACUAAAUCAUAACCCAUCUAAGGAUAACCCAACGAGUGAAAGUUGACUGUAGCCAACUUUGCAUUUCGUAAUUGAUGAAACUUUCCUUAGAAAUUUUCAGACCGUUAAAGUAAAAAAGAAGUAACGGGAAUGUCAUGUGUGUCAAAUUCCGGAUACUGUAUAGUAUAAUUACACCGCAAAAAAGCAGACGUAUGAAUAACAGCAAGAAAAUUUAAGUGAUGAACUUAUUUUUAAAAUAAAGAUUUACUAAAAUA